AUGAAUGAUAUGAGUAAUAAGCAACAACAGAUUGAAUCAUUGAACAGUGAAAUACAAAUUUUACAAAAAAAAUUAGACAGUAAAUCAAAAGCAUUUGCAAUAUUAAUAAAUGAACUUGAAACAUUAAAACAUGAACGUGAUCAAUUUAAAUCACUUGUCGAUAGUUUACAAGAAAAAUGUGUACAACUUAAAAAACAAUUAACAAAUAAGAUAGAUCCUCUCAGCACAAUUCAUCAUUCUCAAGUAGUCUAUGAACAUUCAAAUGAUAUAAAAUGUGAAUCAUUAAAAGAAAAAGAGUCAACAAUUCAUAUAUUAAAAACAGCACUUAAAAAUAUUCAAGAUGAAAAAGAAACAUUACAAACAAAAAUAGAUGAACUUACACGUGAACUCAAUGAUGUUAAAGGCGAUUUAUCGAUUUUUCGUCAAAAACGACAUCGAACUCGUGUUAAUAGUAAUCAAAAAGAUUAUGAUAAUAAAGAAAUUAAUAAUCAUAAUGAAGAACAGACAAUUUUAUUAGAACGUUUAGAACAAUCAAAUGAACGAAUAAAUCAACUUGAUAAUGAUUUAAAAUUAAUUGUUUGUCAAAAAGAAGAACUUGAAAUUGAACGUGAUUCAUUUAAAACAAAAUAUAGUAAAUUAAAUCAAGAAUUAAAUAAAAUUUUAAAUGGAAAUGAAAAACAUAUUGUUGAUAUUGAACUUGUUCUAUCGGAAAAUCGAUUUUUAAAAGAAAAAAUAAAUGAAUUAAUACAAGAGAAAAAUCUUCUUGCAACUAAUGCUUCAAAAUAUAAAGAACUUUUACAAACGCAUCGUUCAGCGUAUAAUCGUUUAGGAAAAGUACAAUCAUCAGGAAGUAUAUUAACUCAUAAACAAGUUCGAAGUUUAAUAAAUCAAAGUUAUCUUGUUCCAAAUACACCUGAAACUGAACAAGAUUUACGAUCAAUUGCAGAAGCUUUAUAUGAAAAUAUAAAAGAUAAAAAUAUAACAAUUAUUCAUCAAAGAAAAACAAAUAAAAUAUUAGCUAAUCGUGUAACAGAAUUAGAAGAACUUCUUGCUGAAAGUAACCUUGCUUCCAAAUCUGAUCAAACAAGUUCACUUGUUAAUUUACUUGAUCGAACACCAACUCCAACUAUAUCUGAUAGUGCAACAUCUGAAUUUGUUAAUAGUAUUGAUGAAUUACAAUUACCAUCACCUACACAAAUAUUAAGUUUUUCUCAAACAUGGUCAACGUCAUCAUCAUCAAAUCGAACAUCUGAAGAUGAUAUUAAUAAUAAAAUAAAAAUAAUAAAAAAUAUUCCAACAGCAAUUAAAAAUACACUUGAAUUUCAUCAAUCAACAAAAAUUCGAAGUAAAUCUGAAAGUAUCGAUUUAGAAAUGGAUGAUCCAUUACAAUUAACAUCUUUAACAUCAUCAAUAGCUUAUUUAGAAGAAAGAGAUCUUAUUCCACCUAUAACUCCAGAUUAUGAUCUUCACUCAUCAACUCAAGAAAAUAUUGAACUUCUUAAUAAUAAUUUAGACAAAAAUCCAACUCUACAAACCGAUAAAAAAUCCACAACCAGCAAUCUUUCAUGUUAA